CCCACUCGUGCCCAGUCGUUCGCAAGGUUCUCCGACCUGCGGCACAAAACUCCGCACAAAGUCCUUGGCAUUUCGCUCGUGUGCGGUUGAUAGCCUCCGGGCCGUCUCGUUUGACAGUGUUGACCGUGUGUGGCUGGGCUCUACUGCUGCAGUGUCCGUUCGUCCGCCCGUUGUCCGUGCAGCUGGAACUGGAGCAGAAAGCCGCACAUGGUCCGGCGGACACUACCACAGUGAGUACGUGCGUAAAUAGUGUAUGGGGACAGUAUCCCGGUACGGUGUAAGCAGUCGGCAGCGUAGUGGCCUGUACGCCAAGUUCGUUGCGGUAGUAGUGAACAUCCAUCGAGGACAUUGCGAGAUCUCUAUCAAACGCAUCAGCCUACGCAACCGGAUGCGGGGGAGCUGUCUCCCAGCAACUGCAGCGUCUAACCAUAGAAAUGCAGCACAAGCAACUCAACCGCACGAUCGCAGUUACGACUGGUUUGAUCAUGUGCGCCGUAUACGUACUGUACACGUUUCACGCCUGUUUGCUGUCCGGGAUCAAUCGCAGCUUCAAGCAGACUGCUGCACUUACGAUAGCAUCUACCGUGACCGUUACAACCAUUUCACCUACACCGCUGCCACACGUACGAAUACUCGGUUCCAUUGUACGCAUCGUGCCACUGGUCGAUGACAAUACGCCGAAGCAACCGGGCACCACGUUACGUCUCCUGUCGCCCAACACAACGGACGGUUCGCCCAAGUAUCGCUUUCUGCGCCAGCAAGGACUUCGACCAUCACGUCACCUACCGGACGCACUCAUCAUCGGCGUAAAGAAAAGUGGCACGCGUGCGUUGCUAGAGUUCGUCCGGUUGCAUCCGGAUGUGCGAGCGGCCGGAUGUGAAGUGCACUUUUUUGAUCGGCACUACACGAAAGGGCUUGCCUGGUAUCGGCAUCAUAUGCCGCCCACGAUCGAGGGUCAAAUUACGAUGGAGAAAACACCGAGCUACUUCAUAACGCGUGAAGCACCGCGUCGGGUCCGGCACAUGAACCCAUCCACCAAGCUGCUGGUGGUCGUCCGGGAUCCAGUCACCCGUGCCAUCUCGGACUAUACGCAGGCAAAAAGCAAGAAGCGCGAUAUGAAGCGGUUCGAGGAGCUGGCCUUCACGAACGGGUCGGCUGGCGGUGUGGUCGAUACGAGCUGGGGCCCGGUACGGAUCGGUGUGUACGCCAAGUACCUGGAACGGUGGCUGGAGUGUUUCCCACUGUCCCAGCUGCUGUUCGUAAGCGGUGAACGGUUGAUCGCUGAUCCGGCGGUUGAGAUUGGACGCGUGCAGGAUUUUCUCGGUUUGAAGCGGGUGGUGAACGAGAAACAUUUUUACUUUAACUCGACCAAAGGUUUUCCCUGCUUGCUCAAGUCGGAGGAACGAUCGAGUCCGCACUGUCUCGGAAAAACGAAGGGACGGAAUCAUCCGCGGAUCGAUAGCGUUGCUAUCGACCGGUUGCGGGAGUUUUAUCGGCCAUUUAACCAAAAGUUUUACCACCUUACUGGCAUCAACUUUGGUUGGCCGUAGAUCACCCGUGCCUUUUGACGUGUGUGUGUGUGUGUGUUUGUGUGAGAGAGAGAGAGCUUUCCCGUGAGAGAUAGGAUGAUUCAAGGAAGCGGACACUUUGAGCGAGUGUGUUAGCUCCGUCAAUUAGAAGCGCGCAAUCGUAUGAGCGCACACUGUACAGUAGGCGUGAGCGAUUCCUGUUGAAUUAUCCGGAUCCGGAUGUCAGGCCGAACCGGAACGCGCAAACUUUAGAGCAUUAUAUGCGAGAAUACACAUUUAGUAUACUCAUACACGGUAAGUAGGUGUACAUAGCGAGAAUCAAACAGCAGGACUGACAGAAGGACACGCUACUACGUAUCGGCGAUUGGACCGUCGGUAACCAAAAAAACACAAAGCAAUCGUGAAGAAUCAAGCCGUCAAGGCAUAAGAUAAGCAAACGCGCUCAUGAAGACAGAUAGUUAUAUUAAGCGGAACAUUUACUUCCCUUUUUCAGUUAGUGCUUUCUGAUUUCCUGUCGCUCUAGUCUCUGAGUAUUACGGUCGAAAAAUGAAUAGGCAAACGAACUAUUUUUAGGUCUCAAAAAAGCAUAAGUUUUUCCUUGUUUUCUAUUGCUAUCCGGAGGAAUAUACAACAUUGUCUGCUGUACUGAAUGUAUAUAAUUAAAUGGGGAAAAAUUGAAUACACAACUUAUUUGCCAAAGAGACGAAUGGACUAAUUUAGCAGCAUUUUCUAAUCAUUACUACUAUUGUUACCUUAAAAGACAUGCGGGACUGCGUAACUGUAACUGUGUAAUUGUUACCCUAUGUAUUCUCUCUGUUUUGCUCACGCAGCCCCAUCAAAGUGUACGUCAACCCUGAACGCAUGGCUCCGAAAAUAAAGCAAUACAGUUGGUAACCAA